CUCCCUGAUGUGUAACCAACUUCGGUGUCUGUGUAGGGGCACAGGGCAGCCACCUCACUUGCCAGAUCUAAGAGACUGGUCUUCGAGAUGCAUACACAUCUAUGAUGCCUCACUGAGCAGAAAAGAUCAAUCUGGAUUAAUAAGCUCAUGUGUUACAGGAGGAGAGUUUUGGAAGAGAGGAAAUGGGCAAUGAGGUAUGCCCACCAAAGAGGUCUUUAAGCCCCAGGUCUGGAACGUUCAGUGUUAGCUGAGUAACGGACAACAGGAGGGGAGGGGAGGAGUGUUCCGUGUGGCCCUGUUGAGGAAGGUUUGGAGAUUUCGUUUCCUCUCUCAAGGUAUCGUCCUAUGGAUAGAGUUUGCAGUCCUUCAUAAUACAUCCCUGCACGAUGUCAAACGGACUGUAACCAAGGAAACUGAAGCUGAUGGUGCGGGAGGAUACCACCAACUACGAAUGACCUGAGGGACGACAGAGAGAUCAGAAAGAUUAAGUAUAACCAAAUCGAAAAAGAAGGCUGUGAGUCUAAGAAGCAGUCAGUAACCCCUGUUUCUACAGCCAGCACUGACCUGACACUAAUACCUGUCUCUGAUCCUGUCUGCCAUGCAGAGCUGUUGCUGCUGGACAGAGGUCCUGCAUCACCAACAGAUUUACUAGGGUCAUGCUGGCGACAGCCUCAGCCAGAGUAUCCUCCUCCUCCCUGUAUUCCUUCUGGCAACCCCACAUGGUUUUGAAUGGGGCUACAAGAGCGCCUCAAUCUUGGGUUCCCCAGAUGAAUGGUCUGAGGCUGGGACUAGUGCCAGGUCUUUCACGUGUCAGACUGGGGACCAUGUUGCUCUGGGGGAUGAUUUUUCUCCCAAGCAUAUACAUGGAAUUGGUACAUUAUUCUUCUUACGAAAUGGUCAUCCCUGAGAGUCUGACAGUUGAGGGAAGUGAAAAACCUGGAGAAAAGGCAUCCUACAUACUAUUCAUGCAAGGCCAGAAGCAGCUGGUUCACCUACAUGUGAAGAGAGACUAUUUUGUGGAUGAUUUCCCAGUCUACAGCUAUCACAACAGGGUGCUAGGGCAAGAAAUGCUUUUCAUCUCACGCAACUGCUACUAUGAAGGCUACAUAGACGGGGUGCCAGGUUCCUUUGUUUCUGUCAACACCUGCUCGGGCCUCAGGGGCGUCCUGGUUAAGGGGGAAACAUCCUAUAGCAUUGAGCCCAUUCUCUCUUCCAAACGGUUUGAACAUGUGUUGUACACGAUGGCACACGGAGCUCACGUCUCCUGUAGUGUCACUUCCAAAGGCGGUCAAGGGAUGUCCACCAGCCGGCAACAGGGAAGCAGGAAGCUUCACAACCCACAGGCGCUGUCCUACUUGUGGUCACACACCAAGUAUGUGGAGAUGUUUGUUGUGGUCGACAACCAGCGGUUCCAGAUGUGGGGCCGUAACGUCAGUGAGACGGUUCAGAGGGUCAUGGACAUCAUUGCUCUGGCCAACAGCUUCACGAGGGGCAUAAACACAGAGGUGGUACUGGCUGGAAUGGAGAUCUGGACUGAGGGGGACCUGACAGAGGUUGCAGCGGACUUACAAGUGACACUCAGGAACUUCAACAGCUGGAGACAAGAGCAGCUCGUCCACCGUGUGAGGCAUGAUGUUGCUCACAUGAUUGUCGGCCGUCAUCCUGGAGAGAACACGGGCCAGGCAUUUCUCAACGGCGCCUGCUCAAGCGGUUUUGCGGCAGCUGUGGAGUCCUUCCAUCACGAAGACAUCCUCCUGUUUGCAGCGCUCAUGGCCCAUGAGCUGGGGCACAACCUGGGUAUUCAGCAUGACCACUCGGCCUGCACUUGUAAAAAUCAGCCCUUCUGUCUCAUGGGUGAGAAUAUCACUAAAGAAAGUAGCUUCAGUAACUGCAGUUCUGACGACUUCUAUCGCUUCCUUCGUGAACACCGAGGAGCCUGCCUAUUUAACAAGCCACGGCACAGAAGCCGCACGCGCAGGGAUGGAAACUGUGGAAACGGUGUGGUGGACUCAGGAGAGCAGUGUGACUGUGGUUCUGCCUGUGCUCAUAGCAAAUGCUGUGACUCAGAAUGUAAACUGAAGGCCGCAGCUGCGUGUGACACUGGACCCUGCUGUGUUGAUUGCAAACCUGCGUCCCUUGGACACCUUUGUCGACGUCCUGUGGGAUCAUGUGACCUCCCAGAAUAUUGUGAUGGUACAUCUCCAGUAUGCCCUCAAAACAGACACAAGCAGGAUGGCACCGUGUGUCAUGAAUCAUAUGGGUGUGUUAGUGGUGAGUGCAUGGACCCUAAUUCACAGUGUAUAUCAAGUUUUGGGUUCCCUGCAAAGUCUGCCCCAGAAGACUGUUACAUGGCAAUAAACAGCAAAGGGGACAGGUUUGGAAACUGUGGUCAUGCCAGCAGUCCUCAAGGACCAUAUACAAAAUGUACAUCGGAUAACAAACUUUGUGGGAAGCUUAUAUGUUCAGGUCUUACAAGCAUACCAGUAAUUAGAGAACACCACACAGUGAUCCAAGCCCCUUUUGGAGAUGACUGGUGUUGGAGUAUGGAUGCGUACAGUGGUUCUGAUAUUGCUGACAUUGGAGAUGUGAAGGCUGACACUUACUGUGCCCCAUCUAAAAACUGCAAGUCUUCUGAAUGCACUGAUGUUUCCUUGGGCCACUUGGAAUGCAAGGAUGAUACUACGUGUCAUGGCAAUGGGGUUUGUAAUGACUUAGGGCACUGUCAUUGUAACAAGGGCUAUGGACCCCCCAACUGCAAUGUUAUAGGAGAUGGGGGUAGUAUAGACAGUGGCCCCCCUGGUUCAGCACCUGCUCAUCCCCCAAGUGACGGGGGUGGUCAGAAUGCUACUACCAAACAGGAAGAAACUGUAAACUUGACAAUAUUAAUAAUAAUUAUACUUAUAGCACUGAUAAUAAUAGCUAUAAUUAUUUGCUUCCUCUGCCUUUUCAAAAGUCAAAUUUCUGGUAAAAAAGAUGAAGGUGAAGCCAAGCCUGAAAAAGCUCCACCCCCACCAGCAGCAGCUCCACCUGAAGGAGAAGCACCAGAAGAGGGAGCACCUGAAGAAGAGGAAGAGGAGGAGGAGGAGGAGGAGGAGGAGGAAGAGGAGGAGGAGGAGGAGGAGGAAGAGGAUGAAGGAUCGGAGUCAAAAGAGGAAUCAGAGGAGUCCUUCAGAAGAGCUCCCCUCAGAGGAGUCAGUGGAGGCCCACCACCAGAGCAACCUGCUCAACAACAGGAGGCCCCCCAACAGCAAGAGGCCCCCCCAGCGAGGGAGGCCCCACCACCAGAGGCAGCCAGACCCGCAGAGGCGCCCCCACCUCCAGAGCAGGCCCCACCUCCAGAGCAGGCCCCACCACCAGAGGCACCCAAACCCGCAGAGGCACCCCCACCUCCAGAGGCGGCCCCACCGCCACAGGCGCCCCCACCUCCAGAGGCGGCCCCACCGCCAGAGGCGCCCCCACCUCCAGAGGCGGCCCCACCGCCAGAGGCGCCCCCACCUCCAGAGGCGGCCCCACCGCCAGAGGCGCCCCCACCGCCAGAGGCGCCUCCACCGCCAGAGGCGCCCCCACCGCCACAGUAGUCCUCAUCACCAGAAGCUCCAGAAGAGUCUGCACCCAAAGAGGAAGCAGGUGAAGGCCGUGAAAAACCAGCAGAAAUUCAGUGGAGGAUGAAGUCAAAUACAUUAAACUUGUCCACCACUGAGUGGGAAUGAAAAGCUCCAAGAAGCAAAAGUGAAAUGAGAAUUUAUGACUGCAGUGGCUCUGACUGGACUGUAUAUCUGCAGAAAGAUUCAAAUAUGGAAGAUUAUCCCACAUUUAAUAUUCAUUUUAGUAAAGAGGUUAUAUUUCAUGUAUGAAAUUGUAC